AUGGCCAGGAACCGGAUCGUCUUCUGGGACGGCAUGUGGCGUCACAAGACGGCCAAGCAGGCCCCUGUUCCGAACUCCGGGACGACGUGUGAGAAGCGCAAGGAGAGGUUCGGACAGGACGCCGCGCCCGACUGGAAAUGUCCGUUCCGGGAUUUGCUGGGGUGGAUGGUGGAGUUGACGUACGUGGUUGAUACGAAGCCGUGUGCUGAGUGUAGACACAAGUGCAAGGCUCACUUUGACAAGAGGACGGAGGAGGAGGAGAAGGCGGCCGAGGCUGAGCGGGAAAGGGAAAGGGAAAGGGGGGAUAUACCACAGUGA